AUGCCAAUGGCGGUCCGAGCGGGCCUGUCGUUCUUAGUCUUCGCGACGCUCGCGACGCUCGCGUUCGCGGUCGUCGCAGGCGUCGUCGAGUUAUGUCCCAACAAUUUCGCAGAUUUCGUCGGAAAUGAAAAAGCCGCGUUCGUCAAAUUCUACGCCCCGUGGUGCGGUCAUUGCAAGAAGCUGGCCCCGGACUAUGACAAAUUCGGGGCUGCUUUUAAAGAGACCGAAUCGGUGGUUGUCGGUAAGGUGGACUGUGACAAACACAAGAAGCUCUGCAGCGAGUACAAAGUGAAGGGGUACCCCACGCUCAAGUGGUUUCCUAAAGGGUCCUCCAAACCUGAAGACUACACAGGGGAGCGCAGUGUGGACGAUCUGGUGGCCUUUACAAACGAAAAGCUGGGCACGAGUGUGCAGCCACCAGCGCCACCGCCAUCGCACGUGGUAACCCUAUCGCCAGACACCUUUGACGCCGUGGUGAUGGAUCCCUCCAAGUUCGUGCUCGUGGAGUUCUACGCGCCCUGGUGCUCGUUUUGCCAAGACCUCGCUCCGGCGUACGAGCAGUUGGGGCGGGCAUUCAGAGACGAGGAGAACGUGGUGAUCGCCAAGCUAGAUGCGAGCAAGCACAGGGAUCUCAAAGAGAAGUACAACAUAUCGGGUUACCCAACAAUCAAGUGGUUCCCUCCGUCCAACAAGCAGGGCGAGGACUAUGAGGGCGCGUGGGAGCUGAGGGACCUGCUGGCGUUUGUGAACAAGGAGGCAGGCACACACAGAACCAACACAGGAAUGCUCUCUGAUAUGGCCGGGCGCAUAGCAGCUUUGGACGAGCUGGCUCGCGGGUUCAUUGCAGCGAGCAAGGAGGAGAGAGAGGAGCGAUUGGGCAAGGCGGAGAGGGUGACAGUGAGCGAGGAGGAGAGCAAGCAAGCCGCCAUGUACAUUAUGGCAAUGAGAAAGAUCAUGGAGAAGGGCGAGCAGCAUGUGGAGGAUGAGCUCAACCGCGUGGGGAGAAUGCUGCUGGGGGCACUGGCAAGGGAGAAGGCGCUGAGCUUCAUCAUCAAAAUGAACAUCCUCGCAGCCUUUCUGGAGCUUGAAGGAAGCAACAGCAGCGAGGGCAAUGGAGACUUUGAUAUGAAGAUUGAGCUACCUAAGAAGUUUCAAUAUGGGAAAGUGUAG